AUGACGAUAGUGAAUGCGCUGAGUUUAUUUGAGGUUGGAGGACAAAACGCCCCUCUAGAGAGGGUUCGCAUCUCAAAUAUUAGGCCUAGUCCAAGCGGCGGUGAUACUAUUGAAUAUGAUGUUAGCUCCACUCCUCCUGGCAUGUUUAGAGUUCUUGGUACAUUUGAAAAUGCACCUGUUGAAUCUUUUGACAUUGAAGUACUGGAUGAGACUAGCAGGCCCUUAACUAUUGAAGUCCAAGUCAGAGGAUGUAUUGAACAAGUUCCAACAACAACAACAACGGCAGCUCCAGAAACAACCACACCAUCAACAACAACUGUGACCACAACAACUUCCACUACAACAGUGACAACAACACCAGGUGUUUGUGAGGAGGACUUGGAUAUGUUGAAUGUUACCAUCACCCUUACUGCUGAGGGGAGUGAUCAGAGUACCGAUGGAACUAUCACACUGGUGUCUGGAGUCAAUAAAUUCAAUAUUGAGCUCUCUAUCCCAGGGUACAUGACGAUAGUGAAUGCGCUGAGUCUAUUUGAGGUUGGAGGACAAAACACCCCUCUAGAGAGGGUUCGCAUCUCAAAUAUUAGGCCAAGUCCAAGCGGCGGUGAUACUAUUGAAUAUGAUGUUAGCUCCACUCCUCCUGGCAUGUUUAGAGUUCUUGAUACAUUUGAAAAUGCACCUGUUGAAUCUUUUGACAUUGAAGUACUGGAUGAGACUAGCAGGCCCUUAACUAUUGAAGUCCAAGUCAGAGGAUGUAUUGAACAAGUUCCAACAACAACAACGGCAGCUUCAGAAACAACCAGACCAACAACAACUGUGACCACAACAACUACCACUACAACAGUGACAACAACACCAGGUGUUUGUGAGGAGGACUUGGAUAUGUUGAAUGUUACCAUCACCCUUACUGCUGAGGGGAGUGAUCAGAGUACCGAUGGAACUAUCACACUGGUGUCUGGAGUCAAUAAAUUCAAUAUUGAGCUCUCUAUCCCAGGGUUCAUGACGAUAGUGAAUGCGCUGAGUCUAUUUGAGUUUGGAGGACAAAACACCCCUCUAGAGAGGGUUCGCAUCUCAAAUAUUAGGCCUAGUCCAAGCGGUGGUGAUACUAUUGAAUAUGAUGUUAGCUCCACUCCUCCUGGCAUGUUUAGAGUUCUUGAUACAUUUGAAAAUGCACCUGUUGAAUCUUUUGACAUUGAAGUACUGGAUGAGACUAGCAGGCCCUUAACUAUUGAAGUCCAAGUCAGAGGAUGUAUUGAACAAGUUCCAACAACUACAACAUUAGCUCCAGAAACAACCACCCAAUCGACAACACCUGUUCCACCAACAACAACGGCAUCUCCAGAAACAACCACACCAUCAACAACAACUGUGACCACAACAACUUCCACUACGACAGUGACAACAACACCAGGUGUUUGUGAGGAGGACUUGGAUAUGUUGAAUGUUACCAUCACCCUUACUGCUGAUGGGAGUGAUCAGAGUACCGAUGGAACUAUCACACUGGUGUCUGGAGUCAAUAAAUUCAAUAUUGAGCUCUCUAUCCCAGGUUACAUGACGAUAGUGAAUGCGCUGAGUUUAUUUGAGGCUGGAGGACAGAGCAUCCCUCUAGAGAGGGUUCGCAUCUCAAAUAUUAGGGAUCGUCCAAGCGGCGGAGAUACCGUUGAAUAUGAUGUUAGCUCCACUCCUCCUGGCAUGUUUAGAGUUCUUGAUACAUUUGGUAAUGCACCUGUUGAAUCUUUUGACAUUGAAGUACUGGAUGAGACUAGCAGGCCCUUAACUAUUGAAGUCCAAGUCAGAGGAUGUAUUGAACAAGUUCCACCAACUACAACAGGAGCUCCAGAAACAACUACACCAUCAACAACAUCUGCAGAGACUACAACUACUGUCAUGCCAGUUACUACAGGUGAAAUUGGCGAUGCAGCUGUAGAAACUACGCGCCCACCAAGAUCUACACAAACAGCAACUACAACGGCAGCUCCAGAAACAACCACCCAAUCGACAACACCUGUUCCAACAACAACUGCAGCUCCAGAAACAACCACACCAUCAACAACAACUGUGACCACAACAACUACCACUACAACAGUGACAACAACACCAGGUGUUUGUGAGGAGGAUUUGGAUAUGUUGAAUGUUACCAUCACCCUUACUGCUGAGGGGAGUGAUCAGAGUACCGAUGAAACAAUCACACUAGUGUCUGGAGUCAAUAAAUUCAAUAUUGAGCUCUCUAUCCCAGGGUACAUGACGAUAGUGAAUGCGCUGAGUCUAUUUGAGGUUGGAGGACAAAACACCCCUCUAGAGAGGGUUCGCAUCUCAAAUAUCAGGCCUAGUCCAAGCGGCGGUGAUACUAUUGAAUAUGAUGUUAGCUCCACUCCUCCUGGCAUGUUUAGAGUUCUUGAUACAUUUGAAAAUGCACCUGUUGAAUCUUUUGACAUUGAAGUACUGGAUGAGACUAGCAGGCCCUUAACUAUUGAAGUCCAAGUCAGAGGAUGUAUUGAACAAGUUCCAACAACAACAACGGCAGCUCCAACAACAACAACGGCAGCUCCAGAAACGACCAGACCAACAACAACUGUGACCACAACAACUUCCACUACAACAGUGACAACAACACCAGGUGUUUGUGAGGAGGACUUGGAUAUGUUGAAUGUUACCAUCACCCUUACUGCUGAGGGGAGUGAUCAGAGUACCGAUGAAACAAUCACACUGGUGUCUGGAGUCAAUAAAUUCAAUAUUGAGCUCUCUAUCCCAGGGUACAUGACGAUAGUGAAUGCGCUGAGUUUAUUUGAGGCUGGGGGACAGAACACCCCUCUAGAGAGGGUUCGCAUCUCAAAUAUCAGGCCUAGUCCAAGCGGCGGUGAUACUAUUGAAUAUGAUGUUAGCUCCACUCCUCCUGGCAUGUUUAGAGUUCUUGAUACAUUUGAAAAUGCACCUGUUGAAUCUUUUGACAUUGAAGUACUGGAUGAGACUAGCAGGCCCUUAACUAUUGAAGUCCAAGUCAGAGGAUGUAUUGAACAAGUUCCAACAACAACAACGGCAGCUCCAACAACAACAACAACGGCAGCUCCAGAAACAACCAGACCAACAACAACUGUGACCACAACAACUACCACUACAACAGUGACAACAACACCAGGUGUUUGUGAGGAGGACUUGGAUAUGUUGAAUGUUACCAUCACCCUUACUGCUGAUGGGAGUGAUCAGAGUACCGAUGGAACUAUCACACUGGUGUCUGGAGUCAAUAAAUUCAAUAUUGAGCUCUCUAUCCCAGGGUACAUGACGAUAGUGAAUGCGCUGAGUCUAUUUGAGGUUGGAGGACAAAACACCCCUCUAGAGAGGGUUCGCAUCUCAAAUAUUAGGCCUAGUCCAAGCGGUGGUGAUACUAUUGAAUAUGAUGUUAGCUCCACUCCUCCUGGCAUGUUUAGAGUUCUUGAUACAUUUGAAAAUGCACCUGUUGAAUCUUUUGACAUUGAAGUACUGGAUGAGACUAGCAGGCCCUUAACUAUUGAAGUCCAAGUCAGAGGAUGUAUUGAACAAGUUCCAACAACUACAACGGUAGCUCCAGAAACAACCACCCAAUCGACAACACCUGUUCCACCAACAACAACAGCAUCUCCAGAAACAACCACACCAUCAACAACAACUGUGACCACAACAACUUCCACUACAACAGUGACAACAACACCAGGUGUUUGUGAGGAGGACUUGGAUAUGUUGAAUGUUACCAUCACCCUUACUGCUGAUGGGAGUGAUCAGAGUACAGAUGGAACUAUCACACUGGUGUCUGGAGUCAAUAAAUUCAAUAUUGAGCUCUCUAUCCCAGGGUACAUGGCGAAAGUGAAUGCGCUGAGUCUAUUUGAGGUUGGAGGACAAAACACCCCUCUAGAGAGGGUUCGCAUCUCAAAUAUUAGGGAUAGUCCAAGCGGCGGAGAUACUAUUGAAUAUGAUGUUAGCUCCACUCCUCCUGGCAUGUUUAGAGUUCUUGAUACAUUUGGUAAUGUACCUGUUGAAUCUUUUGACAUUGAAGUACUGGAUGAAACUAGCAGGCCCUUAACUAUUGAAGUCCAAGUCAGAGGAUGUAUUGAACAAGUUCCACCAACUACAACCGCAUCUCCAGAAACAACUACACCAUCAACAACAUCCGCAGAGACUACAACUACUGUCAUGCCAGUUACUACAGGUGAAAUUGGCGAUGCAGCUGUAGAAACUACGCGCCCACCAAGAUCUACACAACCAGCAACUACAACGGCAGCUCCAGAAACAACCACCCAAUCGACAACACCUGUUCCAACAACGGCAGCUCCAGAAUCAACCACACCAUCAACAACAACUGUGACCACAACAACUACCACUACAACAGUGACAACAACACCAGGUGUUUGUGAGGAGGACUUGGAUAUGUUGAAUGUUACCAUCACCCUUACUGCUGAUGGGAGUGAUCAGAGUACCGAUGGAACUAUCACACUGGUGUCUGGAGUCAAUAAAUUCAAUAUUGAGCUCUCUAUCCCAGGGUACAUGACGAUUGUGAAUGCGCUGAGUCUAUUUGAGGUUGGAGGACAAAACACCCCUCUAGAGAGGGUUCGCAUCUCAAAUAUUAGGCCUAGUCCAAGCGGCGGUGAUACUAUUGAAUAUGAUGUUAGCUCCACUCCUCCUGGCAUGUUUAGAGUUCUUGAUACAUUUGAAAAUGCACCUGUUGAAUCUUUUGACAUUGAAGUACUGGAUGAGACUAGUAGGCCUUUAACUAUUGAAGUCCAAGUCAGAGGAUGUAUUGAACAAGUUCCAACAACAACAACAACGGCAGCUCCAGAAACAACCAGACCAACAACAACUGUGACCACAACAACUUCCACUACAACAGUGACAACAACACCAGGUGUUUGUGAGGAGGACUUGGAUAUGUUGAAUGUUACCAUCACCCUUACUGCUGAGGGGAGUGAUCAAAGUACCGAUGAAACAAUCACACUGGUGUCUGGAGUCAAUAAAUUCAAUAUUGAGCUCUCUAUCCCAGGGUACAUGACGAUAGUGAAUGCGCUGAGUCUAUUUGAGGUUGGAGGACAGAACACCCCUCUAGAGAGGGUUCGCAUCUCAAAUAUUAGGCCUAGUCCAAGCGGCGGUGAUACUAUUGAAUAUAAUGUUAGCUCCACUCCUCCUGGCAUGUUUAGAGUUCUUGAUACAUUUGAAAAUGCACCUGUUGAAUCUUUUGACAUUGAAGUACUGGAUGAGACUAGCAGGCCCUUAACUAUUGAAGUCCAAGUCAGAGGAUGUAUUGAACAAGUUCCAACAACUACAACGGUAGCUCCAGAAACAACCACCCAAUCGACAACACCUGUUCCACCAACAACAACGGCAUCUCCAGAAACAACCACACCAUCAACAACAACUGUUAUUAGUAAUGUAAAGGAUUUUAACUUUGAGGCAAUGAGUGAUAUUUGUUGA